CUGAAAUAGUUUAAAGAAAGACCACACUUGCAGUCUAUGGGAGGUAUUGCUCAUUGCUGCGCUCCCGCAGGAUAUGCGCAAUUGUGGCGCUUGCUAACAAUGGCUAAGCUGUGUUGGCACAUACACACAUGUUUGCCAAAAAAGCGGCUACAUGCCAUAACAACGUGGAAGACCGGCUGGGCUUUGAUUGUGAUGUGCGUAUUGGCUCUGUACUAUAUAUAUCAGUCGCACAUGCCGCCGGAGAAGGAUGUGUUCACGAUACGUUUCUUCUUCUCCGGCGGCAUUGGGAACGAGCUGUUCUGGUACGCGUCCGGCCUCGCGAUAGCCUCACGCAACCACAUGGCGUUCCAUCUCGAGAAGGACCUGAAGAUACGCAAGUUCUUUAACCUCACCGAGGCGGUGUUCGUCGACGGUCCCGAGUACGGCUCUCGCUUCGCACAGGUGAAGGAGCGGCAGUGCUGCUGCUACAACCCGUCUCUCGCUCGACCUCGCGAGUCCCCCGUCCGCUAUGAGGCCUACCUGCAGUCGUGGAAGUACUUUGUUGACUACCGGCAGGUGGUGCGCGAGCAGUUCCGCCCGAACGCCGACCUGCUGCGGCGCGCACGACGCGUCCUCGACGACGCGCUCGCGACGCUGGACGGUGGCGACCCUGCUGUCGGUGGCCACCGCACGCUCGUCGGCGUUCACGUGCGCCGCGGCGACAUGCUUCACCAAGAGAACAUGAGCCUCGGUUUCCAGGUGGCGGACGCACGCUACUUGCGCGCGGCGAUCGCGUACUUUGCGCGGCGCCACCGCGGAUGCACGUUUGUCGUCUGCAGCGACGACAUGGCGUGGACGCGCCGGCAGCUAGAGGGCGCCGCGAACGUCGUGUUCGUCUCGGCCGGAUCGGCCAUCUUGGAUUUCAUCGUGCUGACGCUAACCAACCACACGGUGAUGACGACGGGCACGUUCUCUUGGUGGGUCGCUUACCUGACUGGUGGCGACGCCGUGUACUACAAUCAGUCGUCGCGUCCCGGGUCCGAACUAGCACAUCAGGUGUGUACGCGCGAGUACUAUCUGCCUAACUGGGUGCCACUGUGAAGUAGUGAACGUGCGGCAGCCGCGGACACUCCUCGGUGCUGCUCCUAGUGUUGCCAGUGCAGCAGUGUUGCAUACAAUUUGUAUACAAAUGUACAACAUGUUGUGUAUCAACAUACGGGGUUCCGAAUCUCUGGUCAGUGAAUGUUAGCAGUUAGUUCUAUAACUCCUACCAAACAUUCGACAAGUAAAUAUGACGUCAAACCUUGGGUAAUUACCUGAGUGUACUAACACAUACGAUUUCCUGAUGAAAUCAAAUUAAUUAACUUAUGUGAUGAAACGGGCAGCCCAUGCGAACGUUAUGACACUAAAACGGCAUUCCCUCAGUGAAAAGCUAACAUGGAUAUUCCUUAUCAACACACUACCAUUCCUUGGUUGCCACAUAAAAACGUUCCCAAAACGCCACGUAUAUCAUGAACAAGCUUGUGAAUUGGUGAAUAUACUAGUUUGCAACAUGAUGUACACUAACAAUGCACCAUGUUCAUUUCUUCAAAAUUUACUUGGAUCACAAGGGUACAGAUUAGUGUGUGCUUGCUAGAUCUGUGAUAAUAGUUUCUAAUUACUUUGUCCAACAACAAAUUAAAACUUUAAAAAAACCUUAUGGUAAAGUAGCAUUUAAAAAGUUAUAAUCUGUUAAUCAAACUUUUGUCAAUAGAUGACAAACGGUCUACUACAGUGAUACGAAUUUCUGCUUAUUUGCAUACUAUUUUGCAUGCCCUCAUGAUGUACAGGUAGAUAUAUACACAGAGAAGUUGAAUCACUCUGGAGUUGCAGUGGAAAUAUUAAUCCACACCUGAGUGUGUCACGCUUUUCGGAUAACAACAUCGGAAUGGCAAUGCAAUGUUUUAACAGAGCAGCUUUUGCAUUGAGUCUAUCUAAUCAAAAUAAUUUUAUGCACUAAAUGUUUGCAUUGAACACUACUUUGAUUAGAUACAUUGAUAGGUCUAUUUAUAUAUAGGGGGAAUGCCGUUAGGUUACAUAUAUUAUAUAAUAUUGGUUAAAGUUAUAAUUAUAUAAGCUAUAUAUAUUAUAUAAUUAUAAGUCGAGUACUAGCCAUAGUGGCUGCAAACUUAAUUUUAAUAUUUCACAAACCUUAUUAUACUGUAUGUUGCAGCUCAUAUUCUGUGUCAAAAAUUGGCCAGUCGUUGGCCAAAAAUUGGUCAUGCGUGAGGAGAGGCCAGUCAAUUCCCUUAAUUCCACCAUACACACGUAUGGUAUGCGAAUAGGUUUUGUAUGACAUUUUUACGCUUAUGAAAUUCAUAAGUUUGGUUAUUCAAUUUGUUUAGAUAAAACCCAAAUUUUAUCAGAAGUGCAUAAUAGAGAUGAUAUCUAGAUAAUAUAUAGAUGAUAAUUUAUCAUAUCCAGCUCAGCUGGUUGUGCCUAGUUAUCAUAUGAAAAGUGUGUUCAUGCAUUCAUAGCAGCUACAGUCUCAGCUAUUUUGAAAUGUACAUAUCAUAAGUUUAUGAGACCAAUAAAUACAUUCCUCAUUAUAUACAUUUUA